AUGAAUUCCCUGCUCACACAAUCGCUGAGCACGCUCUGCGUCGACCUGAUAUCGGCCCGUCGCAUUGACUACGAGCAAUGCCCGAAUGGAAAUUGCUUGAGAACUUCUUGGCGAAAGGUUGACACUCAGAGCAGACAUGUCAACUUCAUGUUGCGUUCUACUACAGAGAAUGCCAUGGGCAGCUGUAGAGAGAAUGAUUGUCGUCCGAGCUAUGCGCUAGAGUGGCCGUGUACCGUGUUUACCUACAACCGUGUGCUUAUCAGCAAAGUUUGGACCACGGUUACCAGGACGCCAUCGGAUGGUUUAGCGCCCGGUUGA